AGGACAGCCAGAGGGCUCAGCAGGCCAAUGGAGAUGAUGGCCGGUACAAGUUAAGGGUGGCGCGGUCGGCCGGUGGACCAGAAGUCGAUGGGCUGCCAUGUUGCCAAAUACUGGGCCGCCGGCAGCUGUGCACCGCUUGUGGAUGAGACGGCCGAAGAGGAUUUGGAAGAGCGGUGGUGCUGCCGUUUCUUUUCGUUUCAUCGACACCAUACCAGAGAUAUGGAGGUGGUAAUUGAGCCAAGCUCUGAAUCGAGCCACCCAAGCCAUGUGGAUCCAAGGUCUCCUCCUGGACGUGAUGUCCACGUGGGCUUUCCAGUCAUAGAGGAGAGUCCAAAAUCCACAUCGUCGCGGUUCGACCCAGGAUCGCUUGGACCCUGGGAAAGUGCAGGUAGUGUGCAAAGCAGCGUGGUUCCAGCACCUUUGAGACGGUUGGCCGAAUGCGUUGCUGCAGCGUCAGGUCACAAGGGUGAGUUGGAGGUAGCAGGGAUGCCUCUGGAAGAUUUUUGGAGAAAGCUUUUGACCCUUGAAACCAAAGGUCCCAGAGGAGGAAGUGCCUUAGCGAGAGGAGAGAAGCUGCUUCGCUUCAGGCAGCGUUUUUCCUGGCCUUUGAGCAUUAGCGCGCACCAUGUAGACAAAGCGUUGCGCAGCGGUGCCAAUGUUUAUUUGCCUCCCAGAUGUUUAGGUGACUCACCGUUGGUGAUCUUCACUGCGCAGAAGGUCAACACGCGACUGUGCACCAUGGAGGAGUACCAGAUGCUAAUCAUGUUCAUGCUUGAAACAGCAUUCAAAGACAGCUGUCCUGACCAUGACCGUGGUGUUACUGUAGUUCUGGAUGUUCGACAUUUAUCCUCGGUCGUGUGGCAGGCGUUCCUCUCCGGCUUUAGCGACAUGGCCAGAGGCAUCGCUAUGUGCUCUGCAGCACUGCCCAUGAAGGCGUCCCACGUCCAGCUCAUCGAAGAUGAAGCUGUGGCCCGGAUUGCCCACUAUGCCAUUGGAUUAGUUCUGUCCAAGCUGAGCUCCAAGACGCGGUCAAGAGUUAUUCGAGGAGGUCCGGAUGCAGCUCUGCAAACUUUGGGUAAAGAGAUAUUGCCUGACUUCCUUGGAGGUCAGCGCAAUUCAGUCGGUGAGUUUUCGGGUUGGCUAGAGCAACUCGAACUAGCAGAUGCUUGUCAAAUUGCAGCCUCUGCUUGUGUCGGGUCAUCUGCGCUUUGACUACAUACGGAAGCUGCAAGAUGAAGGUUUGUUGCUCUACAAUAUCCCAAAGGUAUUUGCAAUGAGAACCUUUGCAAGCCAAUCCUCUUCUAUGAGUCCAUAUGCACAUGGGCGAGCUGCGCGUCCGUCAAUGCAAUCCAAGCAAUACCUACAAGAACAAGGAGAGACAAAAGGCGUGCUCAAGACCGUGUCCUGAAUCGAUCGUUGCGUGCCAGCUGAUGUAGCUGGAACUAGUCCAAAGCUGUUUCACUGCCUGUGACAAACAGUUUUUUGGAUGCCAG